CAAUGCGGGGGCUUUGUGGAUGGGCACUGGCUGCGCCGUGGAGAAAAACGUGCGUUCAUCCCGUGUGGUGUGUGUGUGUAUGUCAGUGUCGGUGGCAAACAAACCAGCGCUUAGAGAAAUCACGGCUGUUUCCACAAGCUUUGCAUCAAACAGCAGCAGAUAAACAGAGGGAUUCAUAAAGGGGACGCGGCAUGCAUGCAUGCAUGUAUGAAUGUGUGUGUGCAGGAGGUGUUGGAGGUUAUCAAGGAAUUAAAAGUGGACUGAUGCUGGCACACUGAGGGCUGGGCUGAAGCUUGUGACUGCCUGCAUUGUUGCAUGCUUCCUGGGAUGGGAUAAUUUCCCUCCUCACACACCAAAGGAAUAACUGACAGACUUCUCUUUCCAUUCUCAAUGGUGCUUGAAGGCAGAGAGAUGGACGGCAUCGGGAACACCAUGCAGAAGAAGGCUGCAGAGCUGGAGCGGCUGGCCGAGGUGCUCGUCACCGGAGAACAGCUGAGGCUGCGGCUCCAUGAGGGUAAGGUGAUCAAGGAUCGGCGGCACCAUCUGCGAACUUACCCAAACUGCUUUGUGGCCAAGGAGCUCAUCGAUUGGCUGAUCGAACACAAGGAGGCCUCGGACCGAGACACAGCCAUUAAGAUCAUGCAGAAACUAUUGGACCAGAGCAUCAUUCACCACGUGUGUGACGAGCACCGGGAGUUCAAAGACCUGAAGCUGUUUUACCGCUUCCGCAAAGACGACGGCACGUUUCCGUUGGACAGUGAAGCCAAAGUCUUCAUGAGGGGGCAGAGGAUCUAUGAAAAGCUGAUGACCACAGAAAACAACCUAUUACAAACCAGGGAGGAGGAGGGCGGGACAUUUGAGCGGGCGCUGGUGGCUUCUGAGUUUAUCGACUGGCUGCUACAGGAGGGGGAGAUGCCAACCAGGGAGGAGGCAGAGCAGCUGGGACGAAGGCUCCUUGAACAUGGCAUCAUCCAGCACGUCACCAACAAGCACCACUUUGUCGACGGCCCCCUCCUCUACCAGUUCAGGAUGAAUUUCCGGCGACGGCGGCGGCUGAUUGAACUUCUUCACGAGCGCGGCCGCAGCAUCCCCGAGAGUCAUGACAGCCCCUUCUGUCUCCGCAAACAGAACUCAGAUGGAGGCAACACAAGCUUCCUCUCAGUGAGUCCCACUAAAGAGAUUAAGUUGGCGGUCGGAGUUCGGCGGAGCAGCAUGAGCAGCAGCUGUGGCAGCAGUGGUUAUUACAGCAGCAGUCCUACGCUCAGCAGCAGUCCACCUGUCCUUUGCAACCCCAAAUCUGUUCUGAAAAGACAAGUGAGUCCAGAGGAGCUGCAGACACCAGGAGGACCUUUUAUAAAGAAGACAUUCACUAUUGUCGGUGACGCUGUGGGCUGGGGGUUUGUGGUGCGAGGCAGCAAACCCUGUCACAUCCAGGCUGUGGACCCUGGUGGACCUGCAGCUGCUGCUGGCAUGAAGGUGUGUCAGUUUGUGGUGUCGGUGAACGGACUGAACGUCCUCUCUCAUGACUACCGGACCGUCAGCAACCUGAUCCUCACUGGACCCAGGACAAUCGUCAUGGAAGUGAUGGAGGAAGCCUGAGGAGAGCCGUGAGAGAAUCCCUCAUAGAUGAGUAGUGCAGUAAUAACGUGGGACUAGAAGGUUUAGUACUUGACCUUAAAACCACAGCGACAGAGCAACGUGGACGACUUGAGCCGCAACUCUCUCUCUGUCCCGACAUUGUUUGGACAAGGUGUCUGACUGUGAGACGGAGUGUGUUUAAGAAUGUGAAUAUUCAAGUCAAGUAAAUGAUUCAACCUGUAGAAGAAACACACAGGUUGAUUUUUUUUUUCUUUGAAUUUGGAGACGCACACGUAAAACAGGGAAAGUGCAAGAGCCGACACUUGUACAGAUGUUAAUCCGACUGCCCACAGAGACUCUCAAGUGUUGUUGAAGAGACCCCAGACUUUUUGUGUGGAAUAGGAUGACCCAUGUUGGCUGCUUUUUGUUUGGAUUUGGAGCGGUUUCAUGAAUCUGUGGCUGACCAUGACCAAGUGUUUAAAGGACGAGAGACUGAGUUCUUCAGUAGAACCAGGAGAUGAACCGGUACAAGCUGAAAGUGUAACAAUAAGAAGGACUAUUUCAUGCUGACACAUUCAGUGACCUCUCCCCCAGUUAUUUCCAACAAUGGACCUGCGGCAACACUGCCCUCUGCUGGAAGGCAGAGACACACACACACACACACACACACACACACUCACACACAGAGGAGCAUUUCUAUUUCAACGACAUAAAUCACAUGUCUUUGGUGUCGGGGCGUUUUUGUUUUUUCUUUGCUUGGGGAAACCAUUGUGUUAAAUAGAAAGAGACACAUUUCUACCCUUGUGUGCUGAAACAAAUCGAUGCCCAGGUAAAUGUAUGUGUAGCUGCUGGGAAUUAGUUAGUUUACAAGAUAAAAAGUGCAGUGAUAAACAGUAUGUGAUAUAAACAGGCACAAUGUACAUAGAAGAGUUACGAGGGAGUAAACGCACAAACAAACUGAAGAAGUCCUGCUUUAGAAAAACAGUGUUUAUCAGGUGAAGCCUCAUAAUUGUGCAAAUUAAGACAAGCUGCAACACUGAGAACAUUGGAGACUUUAAAGAUACUUGCUUUAUGAAGGGUUAAUAACCCCUUAUCUUUAUUAGUAUCCCUUAGUUUAGAUUUUUUAAAGAAAUACUUGAUAUGCAAACCAGAAACUUCCACAAUGACAUAAUGUGUCAUUAUUUGUAAGAGGUUGUUUAAAAGAAUAGAAACUUAAGGAGUAAAUGAUCUCUGUCUUACAUACUGUUGAGAUAUUCUUAACUCUCAAAUAUUAGGAAAAAUUAGAAAAUAUUUCUAAGAGGGGUUGCAUUUAUUGUUUAAAAAAUGAAAGGUUUGUUUCAUAACAACGGCAAUGCCAAAUACAUCCUAAACUGUAAUGCCAACCAAAUAUAAUUUGGAAACUUAAAAGAUUUUCUUGCAGCAGACAUCGGAGUCAGUUGACCUAAAAUAUAGAAUAUACGUCUAUAUAUCCUUUGAUGUUAGAAGAAUUAAAGGGUGAAAUGACUAUAUGAGCACUUGAACUAUUAAUCAUUUGUUUUUAACAAACGCACUUAGGUGACAAAAGCUUUGUUUAUGUUUAAUAAUAUUUCGAUUUUUAACAUGUAUAUGCUUAUAUACAAGAUUUCAUUGUUGAUUUUUGUAUGCAAUCUUUAUCAAUUACUCACCCUGUCUUAUAUUGAAUUUGGGAUGGAAAGUGAAUUAAUUCAAGUCAUAUGGCUCCAUGUUUAACAGCAAUACCAUAUCAAAACACCUGUUUACAAACUCUCACACAACUCGUGCAGUAUAAUCCAAGACACUUUCACAUAAUCUGAAGGGUAGCGUGCCUGUGCUGUUCAUGCACGACUGGAUAAAUGAUCCUUGGAUUACACUGCGCGAGUUGUGUGAGAGUUUGAUGUUUUGAUAUAGUUUUGCUGUUGUGAAACGUGGACCCCAUAGACUUCAAUUCAUGAAAAAUGUUUGCCUUUUUUGGAUUUUUCAUUCACUGUGGAGACAUGCAAAAAGAACAAAGUUUUCUUAAAGAAUUAAGCAUAACACGGGGUGAGUAACUGAUAUACAACUGAUCAUUUGGGGUUGAAGUAUUCCUUUAAAAAGGGUUAUCUGAGAGUUAACUGCACUAAAGCAGACCUGACAUUUAGAUAAAUGUAUCAUUAGAGUCCAAAAUAACAUCACGAGAAUUAACUGUAUGUUUAUAGACUGUGCCAUCACGUGCUUAGACAUACUAGCAUGAGGAGACCACAUUUAAAACUUUACGAUAAUAAAAAGAAAAGCAUGGACAAGUGAUGCACAUGUUGCUCAUACAGCAUGUGUCUGUAAUCAAUGGCUGAGCGAGUAAACACUUGUUUGUUUUAGACAAAACAACACUGCCUGGUUCAUAGAAUAUAUACUUAGUUUAGUCCUGAGGUGACAUUAUUACUAAAUACAACCUUUUUUAUUCAACAUCAACAUAUAUUCAGGAAAUCUGUAUUGACAAACUGUUGAAUGAACACAGACUGUAUGUCACAGUAAACUGCCUCCAAGUCUCAGAAGUGGACAUCUCAUUGUUUUUUCCCCUCAGUAUGCUUCGAUGUUGUAAGCAGUGAAAUGCAUGAUUCCUGUAAAUCUGUGCUUAUGUAGCAUUAGCUUUGAAUCCAAAAUGCUUCUUCAGUUAAUUGACAUGUAGGACUGAAUUAUCUGACGGAUCAUGUCAGAUGUAAAGUAGAUUUGGGCCUUCAAAACUCUUCAUUUUUAACAUGCUUUCUGAAGAACAAAACUGAAGUUCAGUUUAUAAAAUUGUAGAAUAUUUGAUGUUCUCUGGCUGAUAAACAUUAAUGACAUUUUGUCAUAGUUGGAUGCCGAUCUCAAAACUGCUCGCUCAUGUUGUUGGGUGAUGUCAUACAACACACUGUUUUCACAUCAUGUAAAGAUCAUGGAUAGUUUUGGUUUUGCUGAGUUUGGAGGAGAUAUAAUAGGGACACAGAGGUGUCAAUAUUCUUCUGUACUUUUUCAUAUUGGUUGUUUCUUUCCACACACCAUUCAGCAGGGAACAUGACGAAAAUCACUUCCUCUGCAGACAUUAGUGAGUCAUCAAUCAAGAAUUUACAUUAGUCUUUAACAGCUGAUAUCUACACCCAUCAUGGGUUCAGUUUUAUUUUAUUUUUGAAUUAAAGAUACACUAUGCAGGAAAUGUCGGCUUCUGUUUGCAAAUAUUAUCCCCAGCAAAAGUAAACGUGAAAACUAACCUCAGACUGGCGUUUUACCUUGCCAGUUUUUCAAUGCUGCAUCUGUGAUUUUUGUAGCUUCCUCUUGAAUGCUUGCUGCUUACGGUCUGGCACCUGGUUUCUAGUCCUGACCUCACCUGUGUGCUGUGUACGGGAACAUCCUGAACACAGCAAAAUGAGAAGUAAAUAAGAAAAUAGAUGCAAAUGGCAGAGUCUUUGCAGAUAAAUACAUCUCCACACAUCUACUGGGUCAUAAGUGAUGAUGAGGGAUAAGAGGGAUGACCUUUGCAUGAGUCUAUACAUUGUUUUUUAUUUAUUUUUAAAUGAAAAUCCUGCAUAGUGUACCUUUUAAAAAACUCACCUACCCACAGUUUUAGACACAGUAUUUGUUCUUCUAACUGUGUCUGGAAAUGAUGUGGUUGAAUAGCUGCGAUUCUUGAGGAGAGGGGAGACGUUGCUUGUUUGUCUGAAGGCAUGUAUGAAAAAGUGUUGAAGGAGUUCUUUGGGGUCAUGGGUUGGCUGAAACGGGUUCACUGACUGCUCGACAAUAAGCCUGAAAGCAUUUGCCUUAAGACCUUAUUUUGCUGCUAAUCAUAGUCGGUGGUCAUCUAAUCUCCUGUUCCGUUCCCCUAGAUCUGUUUAUCUCUGGCUGCGUAUAUUAAAAGUGCUCGUUGUAUUAGGCGAUCAUGCGUCAGUUCUGUUGACAAUCAGUGUUUCAAGGGCACCACUUUAAAUAGCACAACAGCAGUUUUAAAAAGCAAUGGUCAGACAGAAUGUACUCUCCGCCAUCCUCUACAUUGUGCUGUUGAUAUUGUCAGUUUUGUACUUCAUCUUUGAUGACUGGUUUACUCAUCUAAUUAAAGGGAUUCUUUUACUUCACGUUCACCUCAUAA